UGACAAAGAAAACUCAGUCAGAUUUAGACCUUCACGAUUGCUCCAAAGGAAGAGAGCGUUAAGUUUUCAGAAGGAGUUCUCAUUUGAAGAUAAAGAACAACUUGCAAACAGCACAAAGGAUAUUGAUGCUAAUCUCUUAGCAGUACUUCCAAAAGUUUCAGAAUUAAGAAAACUGUUUGAACCAAACAACCAAGAUUUUUUGGAAAUGAAAAGAAAAGAAAGAAUAGCUAGACGCUUAGAGGGAAUUGAAAAUGAUACACAACCUAUGCUUCUACAAAACUGUCCAGGAUCAGUCACACACCGUUUACUAGAGGAAGAUACACCAAGAUAUAUGCGUGCAACUGAUCCAUACAGUCCCCACCUAGGAAGAUCAAAUGAAGAGGAGGAAACUUCAGAUUCUUCUGUAGAAAAACAACCCAGAUCAUCCAGAUACCGAGCAGAAAUCACAGGAGGUAAUACAGAGUCCUUGUAUAGUACAGGAAACAUGGAUGUCCAGGAACUAGAGUCAAAAGCAGAAAGAAUAGCUAGGUACAAGGCAGAGAGGCGGCGUCAACUGGCAGAAAAAUACGGAUUAUCUCUUGAUUCUGAUUUGGAUUCUGACUACUCAUCCAGAUAUACGCGGGCAAGGAAAGAUCCUGACAGCGUGGAAAGAAAGGGAGUGAAAAGUGAAAGGAAUGAUGAAAACAAGGACUGUGGCUCCCUGUAUUUGUCCAGGAGUGAGACGAAGGAGUCAAAGAGUGUGUUUUCUGAAUCCAAAGAGUACUCCAGCCAUGAAAAAGAUGGUGUUCCAGAUAAAGAAGACCUCUCAAAUGAAAAGAGUGAUAGAAAAGCAGAUGAUGACAGUGCCAUUAGACAGGCUUCUGACCCUUCAGCAACCUUGGAUAGUUCUGUCUCCCUUUCACUUUCUGGACGAGAAUCUUCCUCCUGUAACGAAGUGCCAGUAUCACCAAAGCAAACCCCCAGAGAGUCCCUUUCUUCACCAAAGCGGGCAGCCUCACCAAUCCAUUUACAGAAUGACCAGCCCUUGCACAGUAACAUCAGACAAAGUGCAGGGAAAGCAAAACCUGAAUGGUUUCUUCAGAAAGAUUCGGAAGGGGACACACCUUCACUUAUCAGCUGGCCCUCCAGAGUAAAAGUUAGAGAGAAAAUGGUGAAAGAGGAAAGUGCUCGUGGAAGCCCUGAACUUGUCACAGACACAGUAUCUCAGAGAAAAUCCCAUCCACUGCCAGCCCACUACAUGCCUCUUCAGACAGAAACCUCUGCCUUUGAUAGGGUUAUAAAUCAGCCCGUCAGUUCAGUCCGCCAACCAAUACAUGGCUAUAUUCAGCCUGCUGGCAUUGCUCACACAGCUCAGCUGAUGGCAACAGAAGAACCAGCAAACAUCUCUGUUGGCAGCCUCCUCCUACCAGACAAUGUUAGCCUCUUAACAAAAUCGUCAGCAGCCGCUGCAUCAGAGAGUGAAAAGAAAGAGGCACUUGGUUAUGGAGCAAAGCCUGAUGAAAAAGAUUCCGUGGAGGGUGAACAGGCUUCCAAAGGCAGAAGACCAAUUUUGCCAUCUGAGAUUCGCAAGCAAGGGAAGAACCACGAAGGCCUCUUUGGAGGAGGAGAAUUGGAUACCCCUGUGGGGAGUUCCUCUUUCGCAAGCAAGCUGAAAGUUAACUCAGAAGUUCAGAGAGAGCUGGAGUGCAAUAAAAGGCAGGCUCCUGAGCAGCAGUUUAAGACCCCUGAGAACAUAGAAAGGAGUGAAGCGGUUAUGUACAUACAGAGUGGGUCUGUAUCGCAGCCUGCCAAGGCAAAAGCUCCUGUUUGGAAAGUGUCGACAGCAAAGCAUAAAGUCCUGACUCGAUCAAUGUCUGACUAUACUGUGGCUCCUAAGCUAGAAGCUUCUAAAAGUAAGGAGAGCAUGGAAGCAAAUGCACCAAACGGUGAGAUUGGCAUGGUUGACACAAAAGUCUCUGUUGCCCAGCUCCGUAAUGUCUUUCUGGAGAGUGCUAAUGCCAACAAGAAAACAGAACUUGAAUCUCGGUUUGAGAUGUCAACGGCAGGUAGCACUUUAUCUGCCAAUGGUGACCGUGAAAGAGGGCCACGAAGGCCGAGGCGCUAUUUUUCUCCUGGUGAAAAUAGAAAGACUUCUGAGAGAUUUAAAACUCAACCUAUAACGUCAGCAGAACGAAAGGAGACAGAUAGGUCAAUUUUGAGUGCAGAAACGCUAACUGCUGAAGAUGAAGAAAAAUUGGAUGACCGAGCCAAACUAAGCGUAGCUGCAAAGAGGCUGCUUUUUAGAGAAAUGGAAAAAUCAUUUGAAAUGAAAAAUAUUCCUAAACCACCUACAAGAAGUUCAGCAGUAGAGAGAAGACUGCGGCGUUUGCAGGAUAGAUCGCACACACAACCAAUUACCAGUGAGGAAGUGGUCAUUGCAGCUACCUUGCAGGCAUCAGCACACCAAAAGAUUUUAGCUAAAGAGGAGAUAAGAGCAGCCAAAGAGGCGAUGGGGCAGGAUCAGUCUGAUGAACCUGAUUCUUCCACCUUAAGUUUGGCAGAAAAGAUGGCUUUGUUUAACAAACUAUCUCAGCCAGUAUCCAGGGCCAUCUCCACAAGGAGUCGAGGAGAUACUAGGCACAGGAGAAUGAAUGCUCGUUACCAGACUCAGCCAGUCACUCUUGGAGAAGUUGAGCAGGUACAAAAUGAAAGUGGAAAAAUUACUCCCCUGUCAACUGCAGUUGCAACAUCAGUUUCAACGAUGGCAUCUGCCCUUUCUCCACUGUAUGCUGGAGACCUGCAUGCGAAGCCAGCUAGUGAUGGAAGCAUGAGCACUGCUGCUAGAGCUGAUUUGAGAUUCCACUCUUCAGCAGAAAACACAGACUCUUCAGGAAAACGCAUGCAGAAGUCAGAACAGUGGCAGCCCUCAAUGGAAGCACUAGAAAGCAACAGAGCAUCAAAGAAGCAUGAAGAAGAGAGAAAGAGGUUUCCAGCACAUGAAGCUAAUGAAAUUACAAAGUACAGCUCCUUUGAGGAAGAAACCACACAUCCUGUUCCUGAAAAAACAGGAGACUACCAUAAAGAUACAACACUCAGCUUCCUGAGGAAGGGCAGCAUGGAACUGUUUAGUUCACAAGCACUUUUUCAGCCUCUUGAACAGAAGGAAAUCGAUACUCGCAUGCAAGGUAAAUGGGAAGUCAAAGAAGGCCAGUCAUUUGAAGAAAAGAUGGAUUUGGAAAGUGUUAUGAAAAGCAAGACUUUGCAAAGAGGUGCACACUUCUCUUUUGAAUGGGCAGACCACGCUGAACCUACUUCUGAACUCACCAGCACAUCAGCAAUGAGGACAGUUUCACAAACUGCAGCUGUGGCAUCCUAUAGACUGCAGGAGCUCUCCGAACAAUUGGAAGGCAAACUUAAUAAGAAUUCCUGUGAGAUGUUUUCCGUUGGAGAGAACAAAGCACAGACAACUGAGGAUGUCCUCGAUAAUUCCAGCAAAACUAUGUCAAUUAAGGAAAGGUUGGCAUUGCUGAAGAAGAGUGGUGAAGAAGAUUGGAAGAGCAGGCUCAGCAAAAAGCAGGAGUAUGCAAAAGUGUCUGUCACUGACCGUAGCGCGCAGAUGCAAGAAGUUGAGCAGCUGUUAAAGAAGAGAAUGGCAGAUAACCAGGAGAGUCAGAUGACCAUUGAAGAAAGGAAACACCUGAUUACAGCUCGAGAAGAAGCCUGGAAGUCCAAGGGUAAAGGAGCAGCCAAUGACUCCACACAGUUCACUGUAGCUGGGCGAAUGGUAAAAAAAGGCCUGGCCUCUCCAAGUGCACUAACGCCAGUAGCAUCCCCUUUCAGUAACCGGCAGAAGUCUACCACUCCAGUUACAAAGCCCUUGGAAGAAAUUGAAGCCAGGCCUGAUAUGCAAUUGGAAUCAGAUAUGAAGCUUGACAAGUUGGAAUCGUUCUUGGGAAGGCUGAAUAACAAAGUUGCUGGGAUGCAAGAGACAGUGCUGACAGUUACAGGAAAAUCUGUGAAAGAGGUGAUGAAGCUGGAUGAUGAUGAAACGUUUUCCAAAUUUUAUCGCCAUGUGGAUUUCCCUUCCUCCUCAGUGCCUUUGGACCUUGAUGAGGACUUUGAUGCCAUCUUUGACCCUUUUGCACCAAAGUUAAUAUCUUCUGUAGCAGAGCACAAACGUGCAGUUAGGCCUACACGCAGAGUCCAGUCCUCAAGAAACCCCCUGAAAAUGCUGGCAGCAAGAGAAGAUAUUCUUCAUGAAUAUACUGAACAAAGACUGAACGUUGCCUUCAUGGAGUCAAAGCGAAUGAAAGUAGAAAAAAUGUCUGCAAACUCAAAUUUCUCAGAAGUAGCACUUGCUGGCUUGGCAAGCAAAGAGAACUUCAGCAACGUUAGCCUGCGGAGUGUUAAUCUAACAGAGCAAAACUCUAACAACAGUGCUGUGCCAUACAAGAAGCUAAUGCUGUUGCAAAUUAAAGGAAGAAGACAUGUUCAAACAAGAUUAGUUGAACCAAGGGCCUCAUCACUGAACAGCGGAGACUGUUUCCUGUUGUUAACUCCACAUUUCUGUUUCUUAUGGGUAGGAGAGUUUGCAAAUGUCAUAGAAAAAGCAAAGGCUUCAGAACUUGCAACUUUAAUUCAGACAAAGAGGGAACUUGGCUGUAGAGCUUCUUAUAUACAGACUAUAGAAGAAGGAAUAAAUACCCAUACCCAUGCAGCCAAAGACUUCUGGAAACUCCUUGGUGGACAGACAAAUUACCAGUGUGCUGGAAGUCCUGAAGAAGAUGAAAUGUAUGAAGCUGCAAUAAUAGAAACAAAUUGCAUUUACCGCCUCGUAGAGGAUAAACUCAUUCCUGAGGAUGACUACUGGGGAAAGGUGCCAAAAUGUACCCUGCUACAACCAAAAGAGGUGCUGGUGUUUGAUUUUGGCAGUGAAGUAUAUGUAUGGCAUGGAAAGGAAGUUACUUUAGCACAAAGAAAAGUGGCAUUCCAGCUGGCAAAACACUUGUGGAAUGGCACCUUUGACUACUCCAAUUGUGACAUAAAUCCUCUGGACCCAGGGGAAUGCAAUCCCCUCAUACCCAGAAAGGGACAAGGACGCCCAGACUGGGCUGUGUUUGGCAGACUAACAGAACAUAAUGAGACCAUACUGUUCAAAGAAAAAUUUCUUGAUUGGACAGAGCUGAAGAAACUCAAUGAGAAGAAUUCUAGUGAAUCCCUUCACCAGAAGGAAGAAUCCAGAUCUGACUCUAAACCAUAUGAUGUCAUGCUAAUGGUAGCUGUGCCCCAAACGACUGUAGGCACAGUCUUGGAUGGAAUGAAUAUUGGCCGGGGCUAUGGUCUUGUAGAAGGAGAAGAUGGAAGGCAGUUUGAAAUUAUCACUGCAUCUGUGGAUGUCUGGCACAUCCUGGAAUUCGAUUAUAGUAGACUGCCUAAGCAAAGCAUAGGGCAGUUCCAUGAGGGAGACACAUAUGUGGUGAAGUGGAAGUACAUGGUGAGCACUACAGUUGGAAGCAGGCAAAAAGGAGAGCAACAAGUAAGAGCUGUUGGAAAAGAGAAAUGCGUGUAUUUCUUUUGGCAAGGACGGCACUCCACGGUGAGUGAGAAAGGGACAUCGGCACUGAUGACAGUGGAACUUGAUGAAGAGAGAGGAGCACAGGUACAAGUGCUUCAAGGGAAAGAACCACCAUGCUUCCUGCAGUGCUUCCAAGGAGGGAUGAUUGUGCAUACGGGAAGAAGGGAAGAGGAAGAAGAAAAUGCACAAAGUGACUGGAGGCUAUAUUGCGUGCGAGGAGAAGUUCCCAAUGAAGGAAACUUACUUGAAGUAGCAUGUCACUGCAGCAGCCUGCGUUCCCGGACAUCCAUGAUUGUCCUCAAUAUAAAUAAAGCUCUUAUCUACCUGUGGCAUGGCUGCAAAGCACAAUCUCACACCAAGGAUGUAGGAAGAACAGCAGCCAAUAAAAUAAAAGAACAAUGUCCGCUGGAGGCAGGGCUGCACAGCAGCAGCAAGGUGACGAUACACGAAUGUGAUGAAGGGUCAGAGCCCUUGGGAUUCUGGGACGCAUUAGGAAGGAGAGAUCGAAAGGCCUAUGAUUGCAUGUUGCAAGAUCCUGGAAAGUUUAAUUUCACCCCCCGCCUGUUCAGCCUCAGUAGUUCAUCAGGAGAAUUCUCAGCUACCGAGUACAUUUACCCUUCAAGAGACCCUGCUGUCAUCAAUUCCAUGCCAUUCUUGCAAGAGGAUCUUUACACUGCCCCACAGCCAGCACUGUUCCUUGUUGACAAUCACCAUGAAGUGUACCUGUGGCAAGGCUGGUGGCCUGUGGAAAACAAAAUUGCUGGAUCAGCUCGAAUCAGGUGGGCUACAGACAGGAAAUGCGCCAUGGAGACAGUGCUCCAGUACUGCAAAGGAAAAAAUGUAAAGAAGCCCCCAAAAUCCUAUCUAAUUCAUGCUGGCCUAGAGCCUCUGACCUUCACUAAUAUGUUCCCAAGUUGGGAACACAGGGAAGACAUCGCAGAGAUCACAGAAAUGGAUGCUGAUGUUUCUAAUCAGAUAAUCCUUGUAGAGGACGUGCUGGCCAAGCUGUGUAAAACAGUAUAUCCACUAGCAGAUCUCUUAGCUAGGCCUCUACCUGAGGGAGUUGAUCCACUGAAGCUUGAAAUUUAUCUUUCAGAUGAGGACUUUGAGGUUGCAUUAGAGAUGACGAGAGAAGAGUACAAUGCACUGCCAUCUUGGAAGCAGGUUAAUCUGAAGAAGGCAAAAGGACUUUUCUAAGUUGUGUUUAUUGGAGUGAGCACUGAAGGGAUGUCUGUUUUCACUUUCUAUGCCCUUUAGAAGAAUUGUACCCCACAUGUAUGGAAUAAAUAGAAAUACUCUGAAAUUAUUAGUGACUACCUAUCUGGAGGUGUGUAAUAUUAUAAAAGGCCAAGAGAACUCUUUGGAAAUGGAAUUCAAUUUUGACUCGUAAAGGUAAUGUGUUUAAGCUCUGCUCUCCUAUGCACUUAAACAGUAGUUUCUUGAGCUACUGCUGCAGGUGUCCUUUGGCUAUAUACAAUACUUGCCAUUUUUGUUUUUGAAGAAGUUCUCUUUGUAAAGUGUUAUUUUGUUAGUUUGUGGAUUACAAAGAAUUUAUAUUUAUAUAAACACAUAGAACAAGUAUGUAUUUAACAAUGCAAUAUAUAUUCACUUUCAAGACUUUCAUGUCAAAACUACAGAAAAGUAGCUGGAUGGCAGUUGCUUGUACUGAAUUAGCUAUACCACCAGUAUGUAUCUCCUACGCAUUCUGAAAAGUUUCUCUUUGCAAUAGUUAAUGAAUUGUUCUCAGUGCUGCUUCAGGUGCUAAACUGAACAAAGCGUUUGUAUUUAUAGCAUGGAUUUCUUGAGAAACUAUGCGAAUCAACCUUUAUACUUUAUUAUCCAAAAAUGUAUAGUGCCUUGUUUUUUGUGUACAGUUUAUAUACAAAAAAAAAAGAUUGGUCUGCAUUUUGAAGAUGGCUUAGAAUGGUCUCCUACAUUACUUUUAUAAUAGUAGAAAUAAAAACAUCUCAGUUUCUAAUACUUGUUGUAAACAUUAAACAUGUCUUUUGUGAUAUAAGAACCGAAAGUAAAAGCUUCUGAAUAAACUCUUAGCAAUGC